AUGUCGCAUGAUGUUGUUCAGAUUCUUCGAACAGGGGUGGCUCUCACUGAGAGACUACUCAUUUGUCCUAUUUGCUACGACGUGUCUAGGCCCCCUCGAGUGACGGUGCAAAAUGUGCUCCUCAUCGGCCAGCUCAUGUUCGGGAUAACAGCUGGCUACCAAAAGUACAUACGCUGGCUGAAGGAAUACUGUAAUGAACUUGAUGUCGGAAGUAACUGUGAAACAGUCUAUCUUGACUCCGGCCUUGGAAUGCCCUCAGACCUCAGUUUACAACUCAGCGGCGAGAGGUUCCGAGACCUCGUCAUGCACGGCCUUCAAGCAGAUACCGAAAGGCUUUUAUUUUUGGGUGAUAAGUUUGCGCAACGACAACGCAAUCGUCAUAUGGUUGGGCAUGAAGGUUGUCCUAGUACUGAAGGGCGCUGUCAAAAGAAAGAAGAUGGGUUCGAUCACGAUCCCCUUGACCUCUGUCCGCAAGACCCUGAGGCGCGGAAAUUGGUGCCUUGUUUCCGCAUCGUCGAUGAGGUUCGACGGAUGAUAAUAGAAGUCGCAGAUGCGGUUGGAUGA